AUGCAAAACCAGAGCAUUGUCACUGAAUUCAUACUCCUGGGGCUUUCACAGAACCCGAAUGUGGAAAAAGUACUAUUUGUUAUAUUUUUAUUGGUCUAUCUUGCAACAAUAGGAGGCAACAUGGUCAUUGUGGUGACCAUCAUCUACAGCCCUGCACUGCUGGGCUCCCCCAUGUACUUCUUCUUGGCAUUCCUGUCCUUCCUGGAUGCGUGCACUUCUUCUACGGUCACACCCAAGAUAACUAUUGACUGCUUCUACAAGAGAAAGACCAUCUCUUUUGACUGUUGUAUGAUACAACUGUUUACAGUUCACUUCUUCACUGGGGCAGAAGUUAUUGUCCUGGCAUCCAUGGCUUAUGAUCGCUAUGUGGCCAUUUGCAAGCCACUUCUCUACUCUUCCAUCAUGACCAGGAGGCUCUGUGGCAUUUUGGUGCUGGUAUCCUGGGCAGGAGGCUUUUUGCAUUCUAUUGUACAAAUUACAUUCACAUUGCAGUUACCGUUAUGUGGACCCAAUGUCAUUGAUCAUUACAUGUGUGAUUUGUUCCCAUUACUGAAGCUUGCCUGCACUGACACACACAUUUUUGUUAUUUUGGUGUUUGCCAACAGUGGAGCUAUCUGCAUCAUAAUCUUCUCUUUAUUGCUUGUCUCCUAUGGUGUCAUCUUGUUCUCUCUGAGAGCCCACAGUUCUGAAGGUCGGAAAAAAGCUCUCUCCACAUGUGGAUCCCAUGUAACUGUUGUGCUUUUGUGCUUUGUUCCAUGUAUAUUAAUAUAUGUAAGACCUACAUCUGCUUUCUCUUUUGAAAAAAACAUGCUUAUAUUUAUCAAUGUCCUGACACCAUUGCUAAAUCCUAUGGUUUACACUUUCAGAAAUAAGGAAAUGAUAAAUGCAAUCAGACAAUUGUGGAAGAGAUUAAGAGUAGAUUCUGAUAAAUUUUAA